AUGUCACUCCUCAACCUCCCCCUGGAAUUGCUGUACGAGAUAGCUUCUUACCUUGAGAGUGACCGUGACCUGAAUGCUCUCGUCCGUACCUGUUCUCCUCUCUACACGGUCUUCAACUUCGAACUCUACCGACGCGACACUAAUCGAGACCAAGACCGAGCUUUGUUCUGGGCCAUCCAGCAUGAUCGACCCAAAACACUAUGGAAAUCCCUCGAGGCCGGAGAAUUGGCACUAUGGCCAACACUGCUUUCCCUGGCCGCUGAGCACGACUCGGUGACUGUGAUGAAGGCUCUUGUGCAGGACGGUCUUGAUAUCAAGGCUGUGGAAGAGUUGGAAGGCGUUUCACUCUUGUGUCUCGCUGUGGUCAAUCGCUCACCCAAGGUUCUGCGGUAUCUCCUGACGAGAAAGGACGUGGAUCCGAACUGGAAAGACGUUGAAGGACAAACGCCCCUUGCAUAUGCUGCCUCUAAGUGCUUCAACGACCUUGUGAAGAUUCUGCUGAAGUCUCCCCGUGUGGAUGUGAAUAGCACAGAUAACGGGGGCUGCACGCCACUGCAUCUGGCAGCGGGAAAAGCCCAUGUGUAUGUGGUCCGAACACUCCUCUCGGACCCUUGGGUCGAUGUUGGUGCGAGGGAUAAUGUUCAUCACAAAACGGCUCUCUUGGCUGCAGUGGAGGCUCUUGGCCGUGAGAUACGCGGACGGUCCGAGAAGAAGGUCAGACUGAAGCAUCUGCGGACAAUCGAAGCACUUCUUGACCACCCUGCGACCUCCGUGAACUAUGCUACGGACCAUGAUCUCAUCUCGCUGUAUCUGUCCAGUGCUACGUGCGGAUACGAAGGAAUCUUCAAAUUACUAUGGUCAAAAGGGGUGGGCCCGCUGCCGUACAAACUUGAUCGCCCUGGGAUCUUAUUCGAAGUUGCAGAACACGGCCAAGCAGGGAUCAUGAAGAUGUUGUUAGCGGAUGGUCUUGAGCCUGAUGCUCGGGAAUUUACGGGCCGAACAAGCCUCUCAAUUGCCGCAGAACACAAGCAGAUCGACGUCAUCCGAGUACUUCUGUCGACGGGCAAGGUCGACAUAAAUUCCAAGGAUCUCGAAGGGCUAACGCCGCUGUGGUGGGCUAUGACACAUGGGUGGAAAAAGACCGGGACGGACGAGACUGUGAAGUUGCUAAUCGCCCAUGAGGCUACAAUUCCGACCAUCGAGGAGAAACCGCUGCUGCUAAAGUCACUGCUCAAAGCUCUUGAGAAUGGCGACUGUUUCCUAUCGGAAUUGCUUAUGGACCAACUGGACCAAAUCAAGCCCAUGACCAGCAACACAAGACAACGGCUGUUGUCUGCCGUCGCUAAAUCGAGGAAUGUUUCCCUCGCGGAGACUCUCCUCGAAAAAGCAGGGAUUGAUCCUAACGCUAGGAAUUCGAAGGAUCGGACAGUACUGGACCGGGCAGUCAGGGAUGGUGACAUGGCCCUUCUUAAUCUACUCUUAGCCCUGGAUGGGAUCGAUCUGAACUCCAGGGCUGGGAACGGCGACACUGCGCUAGCGAUUGCGAUGAAUGAGCUCAGCGCGUAUUUCUCAGACUUUCCUCCGACUGGGGGCAGACAGUUCUAUGAACGUUGCAUGGCGAAAUUGCUUCAGCAUAAAGACGUUACCACGGCAUCGCUGGACUCUGAUCGGCUCAUCGAGUUUAUUAUUGCUUAUCUCUCCGAUGGAGAUCAAAAAUUGAUCAAGCUUCUCAUCGCCAAGGAUGACCGUCUCGUCGCGGAUGCCAUAGUUCACGAAGAUGGCGCGGAAACACUGCUCGAGUGGGCUCAGCAGAACAGGCACAGGGCCAUUGUUCGAAUGCUGAUUCAAAAGAAAAGGUGUAUGCGAAGGACGAACUGA